AUGAAAAACCCCUCAUUUUCACAACUUCAUGAUUCCAUUAAUCCACAACUGUCAAAUUCCAUAAUUUCACAAUUACAAAAUACCACAGUUUCGCAAUUUCAUCGUGUUACAAAUCCAGGAAUUUCCACACCAAACACACAAUUAGCAACUGUCAUACCAACAUCAACGACAGCAACUAGUACAUCAUUAGUCAUCGAUAAUAAACCAACUGCAAUUGAGUCAUCAUCAACAUCUGCCCAUCAUUGGUCAGCGUCGUCCACUUCACAGUUUCAAGUUUCAUCAUACCCAUCAUCAAUUCAUUUAGAAACAAUGGUCUAA